UGCGAGCGCGGCGGGCUCCGGGCGGCGCUGAGCCGCUGGCGUUUCCCGGCGCCGCCGCCCGAGGCCGGCGAAGCCAUGGGCGCCCCGACCCCGACCCCGCCGCCGCCGCCCGGCCCCAGAAUUUUGAAGACACUGCUCUGUUGUCUCCUUGUUCACAAUAUGGCUGUUGAAAGGAAGAGAAGUUAAACUUCCAGAGAAACCCAAUGGACAAUCUCCACAACAGAUGGUAACAAAAAGUCAUCCAGAUGGGGUGCAAGUGCUGUAAAAUGAUACAAAGCUAUCUCUUCGAUCCAGUUCAAGUGCCCUCCUCUGGCUACGUCAACGAGGUGAACAGCUGCAAGGUGGAUGAAGGGGGCGCUGGUAAAUGGAAAGGCAAACAGGGCAGCCAAGUCCCGGGGCAUCAAAACGAGCUGCAGAGCGAGGGCCUGAAGAGGACGGCCAGCAGGGGCAGAGCUGGCAGCGGGCAGGAGCCCCGCUGGCCUCCCCCGGGAUCGCCCCCUCUGGGGGACACGCUGGGGGGACCCUGCGCGGACAAGGCUGGCAGUGCCGUCAACGGCAUCGGCCCCGCCGCCCCCCCGCAGCCCACUGGGGACCGUGGGCCCCACCAGGGCGAGAGGGGCUCCUGCCUCAGUACCGCCAACAGCGCCCCCCCGACUGCACCCUUCCGGGAAGGCGGGGGCCCCGGCAGACGGGACAGUGUGCUGCUGCCGGCCCUGCGAGAGACCCACGUCGUCCAAAGUGGGGACCCCAGAGCUGCUCUCAGGGCAGAAGGUCCUGCCUUGGAAGUACAAGACCACGACUUCCAGAUGCCGGCCCCGGAUUACCCUCCCCUUCGGGGCUCGGCUGGAGACACAGUUGACUGGGAAGAAAAGGACGGUCUUCCCGAGAGCCACCCUGAGGAGGGACCCCCGGCGGGCCUUCACCCCAGGGCCGGGGGGCACGGCUUGAAUAUGCCCUUCCCCUUGAAGAGAAGCUGGGAUUCCUUAAAUGAGGCCGUGGCAACAGAAGCCCUAAGUGUCGGCUUCAAAGAAGAGGACGCUGCUCAGGCCGUGCCCGGGGUCGAUUCGAGAACUGGGUGGGAGGAUGCGCCCGGCUCCACCGCAGACGGGAGUGGGGAUGCGGUGGACGAGGACGCGGCGGUGGCCGAAGCCCUUGCGGCUUUGGAAGCGGCCACCGCAGGAGAAGACGCGGACGAGGCAGAUUAGGGCCCCCGAGCUGGUGUCGCGCCGCGCAUGCGCGGUGCGCGUGCUCCUUGCGCGCAGCUGACGUCGUGCAGCCUGCAGCAGCGUCCGUUCUGGCGAUUGGCAGUGCCUGCGGCCAGGCCGCUUGUUGCGAAGUAUCGGAAGCCCCGCUGUGUAGACGGGGUGUCACUCAGGAGGCCGGAAUAAAAAUCAGAGGGGACGAUGCGCCGGUGCCCACAGCACAGGCAGAAAUUAAACAGCCUGCUCAUCAACCCACAAACCCUCCUCCGAGAACGCUCGGAAAUCCCAGUGCUGAAUCCCAAGAGUGCAUAAUCACAGAAUGUUCUGUUGGUAAAUUCACUGUCUCGCUUCUGAGAGCCAGACGUUGUACCCAACCCGGAAAAGGUAACUACCCCCACUGAAAGUGCCUCGUGUGUCCCCAGAGCGUGGCUUACCUUCAGGGACGGUCUCCCAGGGAACUAAUAACUAACCACUUGUUUGAUAUCCAGUUAAGCUCAGCAGCAUUCAGGAUGGGGCAGAAGCCACUAGUAAACAAAUGGUUAGCUGUUAGCUGUGAUCUGAAGACACCUUGACCUUAACUUUUUUUACAUUAUUACUUUUUAUUCUCCUUUGGGAUUGGGGAAGCCGGUCAAAAUAAUUCUUAAACCUGCUUGUGACCAUUUGACUUGUAAAUUCAUGAGAUUGGGAACAGCGAAGAGAUCAGAUGGAGUGUUCUAUGCCACUUUAAUGUCUGAUUCUGAUUAAAACAUAACAACAUGUGGGUGUGUCUGUCUUAACUCAAAGGCGGUUCUAAUGUGCCAGCCUUGAGUGUCAGUAAGCCUUGACGUUUGCUUCCAUGUAAAGAGCUGCACUACUAAGUUAACAGGUGAGGAGGAGAGCAAGUCAGUUUGCUGAGAACGGCUUUGGCUGGCUGUCCCUGCCGUGGAAACACGUGACAGCGUGACCGCACGCGCCGAUCUCC